AUGCCAAGAGUAGCUAUCAUCAUUUACACACUAUAUGGUCACGUUGCUGCCACCGCAGAGGCAGAAAAGAAGGGUAUUGAAGCCGCCGGUGGCUCUGCAGACAUUUACCAGGUGGAGGAAACUUUGUCCCCGGAAGUUGUCAAGGCCCUUGGCGGUGCCCCAAAGCCAGAUUACCCAAUUGCCACUCAAGAUACAUUGACCGAAUAUGAUGCCUUUUUAUUUGGUAUUCCAACUAGAUUCGGUAACUUCCCUGCUCAAUGGAAGGCUUUCUGGGACCGUACCGGUGGGUUGUGGGCUAAAGGUGCUCUACAUGGUAAGGUCGCCGGUUGUUUCGUCUCCACCGGAACUGGUGGUGGUAAUGAAGCCACAAUUAUGAACUCUCUGUCUACUUUGGCCCACCACGGUAUCAUUUUUGUCCCAUUAGGUUACAAGAAUGUUUUUGCCGAAUUGACUAAUAUGGAUGAAGUUCAUGGUGGUUCACCAUGGGGUGCAGGGACCAUUGCUGGCAGUGACGGUUCAAGAUCUCCUUCUGCUUUGGAACUGCAGGUACACGAAAUUCAAGGCAAAACUUUCUAUGAAACCGUUGCGAAGUUUUGA